ACCUUUGAAGGAAAAAAGGGAAGUGCUCAGACGUCGCCGAGGUGGAGGAACUGGGUUAGGGAGCAUCAUGUCCGCGGAAGUCCCUGAGGCGGCCUCGGCCGAGGAGCAGAAGGAAAUGGAAGAUAAAGUGACUAGUCCAGAGAAAGCUGAAGAAGCAAAAUUAAAAGCAAGAUAUCCUCACCUGGGACAGAAGCCUGGGGGUUCAGAUUUUCUAAGGAAACGAUUACAGAAAGGGCAAAAAUAUUUUGAUUCUGGAGAUUACAACAUGGCUAAAGCCAAGAUGAAGAAUAAGCAACUGCCCACUGCAGCUCCCGACAAGACAGAGGUCACUGGGGACCACAUUCCCACUCCACAGGACCUUCCUCAGCGGAAACCCUCCCUCGUCGCUAGCAAGCUGGCUGGCUGAUUAAAAGAGCUGAACUGCAUGAAUCUUCUAAUUCCCAUUAUUCCUCCUUAAUAUGUUACUUAUCCACUUCUGUUUCUUUUCAUUCACUAAGUCUUUUGAGACUGACAGCUUUGCCGGUAGCGGUAGUGUGUGCUGCGAUUGUAAGGGACUGUUCUUUUGUAGAGGUUUUGGUUAGCUUAACAGUGCACUGAUGAGAAGGACCUGUUAGAACAACAUAAGUAAUCUACUUGAAAAUAAUUGUGUAUAUUACCUAACUUCUAAUGUAGGACUGGUUCCAACAACUAACAAAGCAAGUUGUACCAUUUUAAUGUUCUGACUUUCUUUCUCCAUCUUAAUUAUAGCUUCAUACGCUAACUCCUGUUUAAUAUGACCUCUGUUGUUUUGAUUUCUUUUGUAUUUCCUUCUGGAUUUUGUAAAAUGGAAGUUUAAGACCACAAGUUGGAAGAAAAGUCACAUACCCAAACACAAGUUAAUGGGGCUCCAAAAGAUUGGAAUAACUGUGUUUAAUGGCCUUCAACCUGUCUCAGCGUUCACAGUAGAAUCUCCCUUGGGCAAUAUUUGUCCAUUCCAGUAUAACUUGUAUGGCUUCAGUGCUUAGCAGCUGUUGGUGAAGUCCCCCCUUUUGUGGCAUUACAACCCUUUCAUGGUGGAAGAUGUGAAUGAAGCGUGCAUGUGCAAUGACUGUGUUGCAUUCACUUUUGUGCCAUUUUUGUAAAUACAAGUUUUGCACAACCUUUCACAAAUGUCUGUGUUAAUUUCACAUAUUGGAAAGUAGAUAAUGUGCCAACCAGAAGCACAAGAGUUCUUUUUAAAACAAAAAACAGCAAACAACAAACUAUGUCCUUACAGCUUUUGUAUAAUAAAAAUAGUUUACAAUUUGGGGCUUAUAGAAUACCAAACUGAAAUCUUGGCUCGGUCUGCCAUAGAAUUAAGCUUUUUCAUUUGCUUCUAAUAUCCCUGAUUUCAGUGGCCUUGUGCAAAUGUGGUAUAUUGCUUAGGCAUAUCUUUUGUCCUGUGCAGAAUGUAUCAUUUUGAAAAUUACAAUUCGUAUAAUUUAUAUAAACUUUCUAAAUGUAAGCUUGUUACUUCCACACUCAACUUUAGGGACACUAAAGGGCUUGCAUAUUAUGCCACCUCCCCCCACCCCCAUCUCCCUGUUUUCUUUACUCUUUGGCUGUUGGCUGUUUGGUUUUAUAUGAAAACAUAAGUGGACACUGUCUUUUAUAACAAUAAUUAUGUUUUCUAACUUCUCAGUUAACCACUCUUAAUCCCUCAUUGCUAAUAUUUGACAGUUAUUUAAAUAAAAGGAAUUUUGGGGUUCUUUUUUUUUUUUUGCAAUGCUGGGUGUCACGCUCAGUACCAUCCACCUGCUAGGCAAAGCACUCUAUCACUGAGCUAUAGCUUCGGUUCUAUAGGAACUUUACAGUGAAGUAUAGUUGCAAAGAUGCACAGGAAACCGUCAUGAGAAGCAUUCUAAGAGAAUUUAGGUGGGCCUGUGACAAUUAAUUUACAUGGUAGAUAAAAUUCAUAUUAAAUCAUUUUGGUAAUUGCUUCUGUCAAUGUCAUUUUAAUAAAGUACCAAUUUACUUUUAUUUGUGGUUUCUCUAGUGAGAACUGUACAAGACUUUGUUGGGACAAAUUCUCUCAGCACCCUUCUCCCAGGUUUGGUGCUGUAGCUUAAUAAGGGUCCGCAGCCUGGAUGAUAAGUGUUUUUCUCUUCAUUUGGACUUGCACAUGCCCACAACCCCCUUCCUCCCAAUAUGGGAUCCAGGAAUCUUUCCUAGGUCCUCCAUUUUAUAACCUGCUUUCCCAUGAUCCCAUACAACAGUAGAUAGGUAGAUAGUGCAUUGAACUAAGCACCUGUGCUCAAAGUCUGGUUGUCCUAUUCCAACCAUCUCCAAAACAGUACUGUGCUCAUUCAUAAUUCUAUGGCUUAGUUAUAUUUGUAACAAAUGAGCAAGUGGAUUAUUCUGCCAUAUAGUGUAUAACUCACUAUAGGAUCAAUUUAAGAAUUAAAAAAAAAAGUAAAAUUCCUAUUAUCUCUAGUCGGGUUUUUUGUUGUAGGGUUUUUUUGUUUUUGUUUCCCAUUAAUAUUGGCAUCAGACAAUGCAUCUGAAAGAUAAGAGAAACAGUUGUUUCUGACCCUAAGAGGACUCCCAUAGUUUAUGAUAAGUGACUUGACAUAUGCUUGAGUUUUAAUUUGUAAAAUGCAGUACUAAAUAAUCUACCUCAAAGCUGGCUGAGGGUCUGUGAAAAGAGUUAAGUGCCCCAAAUCAAAGACUGUUGGUUGUCUCUAGUAAAUUUCCUCAUUAAGCCAACCUGCCUUCUAUAAAGUCACAGUGUUUAAAAAAAAAAAAAAUCUCAGGAUUUUCCAUUAGGAAAGACCUGUUAAGGAUUUUAAAGUGUAAUUGCUUAGCCUCCAUUAUUGGUGCUGGAGAUGGGAGUUUCCAAUUUUGUAUAUUUUUUUGUUGUUGUGCUUCAGUGCUGAGUUUACUGACAUUCUUAGUUCUUGGAGCAUCAUUUUGAUAAGAUGAGCAUCAUCCAUUUCCGUUUAGAGCUGUGGUUUGAGAAAUGGUUCAUGGUUAGAAUCAUCAUCCUGUUUGCCAUAGACUGAUGUUAGAGAACACCAAGAAAUACUUCAUGAAAACUGGCUUAAGUCUGAAAUUACUUGUUUCGUGUCCAGUAGUUUCUACUUUUGAUAGUAUGGAUUUAGGGGGGAAAAAAACCCCAAUUCUUGGAAAGUUGCAAUAUAAUCAUUUUUGGUGAAUUGGAAGGAACAUGUUUAUAGUCUUUGAAUUACUUGGUUAUCUUGUGCUGCUGACCUAAAUAUAUGUCUUAAGACUAUUUCAGGCAUUCCUCAUUAAGGCCUCUGUGUGUUAAUUCAACAGUUCCAAUUAGUUGUUUUUACUUGCUGUAACACAAAUAUACCUCUGAAUAUUUAUUGAUAUUUUUUACUCAGUCAGACUUGUAUUCUUGGAAAUAGUCUUUAUCAAAACCGAACUGUAUUCUCUUCAAAUUGUGCUUUAAAACUAUUGUCUGGUGAUGGUAGUCUAUGGAAAGAACUUCUCGGAGUGGUUACCAAAACAGCUUCCAACAACAUUCACACAGAUUUGCAUCCCUCUUCAUUUUCCUGCUUUUGUCUCAUCCUCUCCCACCUAAAUCCCUGUGUAUUCCUAGAGACCACUGUUGGCACUCAGUAAAUGGCUAAUGAAAUUAUUGGUCCUUAGUAGCCUUUCCAAUAUGCCAGUUUGGGACGUUACAAAAUUUCCAAAACAUCUUCCUGAUCUGGAUAUGAACUGACGGGAGCCACUGUCCCAGCUCAAAGUCAGCACACACUGACAGCCUUCCCCGUCUCUUCCCUAUGCCCUACUGCACCUUAGAAAAUUAGGAUCAAGUCUUACAGGUAACACCACUUUUGGAUACUUACUAGUUUCAGCCUUCAGAAUUAUUUUUACAGAUUGUUGAAUACCAUGAUGGCCAUUUAGUGUAUGUUUGUGCUCUGUUAUUUGCCAACUGAACAGCAAGAAAACAUCUUAAUUCCUUUCAUAUUGCACCCUCAAAUCUUCCCGCACCAAGACCAUUUUGUUUUGCCACAGGAUACUUGGCCUGUAUUAAAAAGGCCUGGAAGCCUUUUAUUUAUUUAUUUUUUUGUUAAACAUGUAUACAAAGUUGGCAGUUGAUGCUGAAAUUUGUUGAUAGCUCUCCACAAUUAUACAUGUGAAAUAUCCAAAAAAAGAAAUAAAUUGGUCUACCUAAUUUUUAUUGA